AUGAGUCUUCUAUGUUGGAACUGUCGGGGUGUGGGCAACCCUUGGACAGUUCAAAGGCUCCGUAAAUGGAGUAGAGCAGUAAGCCCGGAUUUAGUUUUCAUUUCGGAAACUAAAAUUGGUAAGGAAGCAGUAGAGAGUAUAAAAGGGAGAAUUGGCUAUACGAAUGCUUUUGGAGUGGCUUGUAGAGGAAAAUCAGGGGGUCUAUGUCUAUUUUGGAGUGAGGAGGAAAUUAAUUUCGCUCUUGUUUCUUUCUCACAAAACCACAUUUGUGGGGAUGUGAUGAAAGGUGGUGAUCGAUGGCGCUUUGUGGGAAUGUAUGGGUGGCCGGAAUCGGGGAACAAAUAUCAAACAUGGAAGUUAAUACAACAUCUAUGUGAUGAGGCUAGUGACCCGAUUGUGUUUGGUGGCGAUUUUAAUGAAAUAUUGUCUUUUAAUGAGAUUGAAGGGGGUGCAAGUCGUGAAAGGAGAGAAAUAGGAGGCUUUAGAGAGGCUCUUGAUUCUUGUGAGCUUAGAGACCUUGGCUUUAAAGGCCAAUGGUGGACAUGGGAGAGGGGGAGAAAGGUUCGCACAAGAGUAAGAGAAAGAUUAGAUCGGUUUGUUGCUUCUUCAUCUUGGAUGCACAUUUACCCACGAGCCUCAGUUGAACACUUGUUGAAAUUCUGCUCGGACCACGCCCCUAUUGUCUUGAAAUUAACUCCGAAAGCUAAAAAGAGGCAAAAGCGAACCAAGAGCUUCAAGUUUGAAACUGCUUGGCUUUUUGAUAACACUUGCGAAACUGUUGUGAGGGAAGCGUGGCACUCUGAUGAGGAGUAUGAUGUGCUGGGUAAACUUGGUGCAACCAGUGUACGACUGGCGGGGUGGAGUAAAGAUAAGUUUGACGCCUUAGGGAAGCAGAUUGAAGAGGCCGAAUUUGCUCUAAAACUGGUGCAGCAAGAAAGGAUUACGGAGGAGUCUUGUGAUAGGAGUGCUCACCUUGAGCAAACUCUUGAUGAUUUACAUAGGAAGUAUGAAGCAUAUUGGUUUCUCCGUUCUCAAGUUCUUGAAGUGCGGGAUAGUGACAAGAACACUAGCUAUUACCACCACAAGGCUUCUCAUAGAAGGGAAAAAAAAACACCAUCGAAGGGUUGUAUGAUGAUGAAGGAGUGUGAUGGGAGGAUGACGACUGCUUGGAAGGCAUUGUGA